AUUGUCCCUAAAACAAAAUGUACUCGCUCGUUAACGAUUCUCCCAACUUUUCGUUUACUCAAAGUCGACCCUUCUCGAGAGAGGUGAUCGGUACAUUAUGGAGAGAAUGCGAAAUCGAAACAUUGUCUUUUGAGUGAGAAGGGAUCUAUAUCCUAUUUUCAUCUUACUCAUUUCCUCUGGCCGUUUGCAUGUACUUCGAUAAUCUACCCUGCAUCUUAGCGACCAUUGGAAACGCCGGGCGCAAUAUGGCCGCUUGAACACACGGGGCUUUUAAAUCCAACACAUUGGGGGAUAGUUUUGUGACUGUAUUUCGAUGCAAACAACGGAAAUAUAAAUGAAACGGGAAAAGUCACAACUCACCAACCGAUUUUUGUAGUAAAAAUCUUGAUUUCUUGUUCAAUAUUUCGACUUCUGACACAGGAAGAUCUCCACCACCAUGAGCUGGCACCAGAAGUACCUGGAGACCCUGGCCGAGGGCAUCGGCUACCUCUGGAGCACCAGUCACUUCGCCGAUGCCACCAUCUUGGUAGGCAACAAGCGCUUCCGGUGCCACAGGGCUGUUCUAGCGGCCAUGUCACCGCAUUUUGACGUCACUUUCAACACUGGAAUGAGGGACAACCCCGACGGAGUGUUGACGCUCCUGAACAUUGACGUGACCACCUUUGACAGCAUCCUCAGCUUCAUGUACACCGGCAAGGACGUGGUGUGUGCUGAGAAUGCUGAGAGCUUGUUGAGGUAA